GCACAAAAGACACACCACAUCCACAUAUACAAAUAUACAAUCCAGCCAGCUUUCAACCUAGAACAUUUCAGAUUGAUCACCAGAAAACAUGGCGGCAAGCGACGAGUUCAGACUAGUCUUACCAGGAAUAGACCACGAAGGAAAACUACCCAGAAAGUACACCGCAGAAGGUCAAGGAGCAAGGAAGAACAUAUCUCCCCCAGUAGAAUGGUACAACUUGCCUCCAGGGACCAAGAGCUUGGCCCUUGUGGUGGAGAUCAUAGAUGCACCGGAUCCGAACGACCCGGUUGUGCCGUUUACCAAUUGGGUGGUGGUGAACAUUCCCCCCGGUGUCAAGUCUCUCCCGGAGGGUUUUUCCGGGAAAGAAGAGGAUCAGAUGGGCGGACAGUACGGCGGGCUGAAAGAAGGGAACAAUGACUUGAAGGUUCCGGGGUGGUGUGGCCCGAAGAUGCCCUCGCCGGGUCACCGCUUCGAGUUCAAGCUCUAUGCUUUGGAUGAUGAGCUUAACCUAGGUCACAAGGUGACGAAGGAGAAGGUGUUGGAGACAAUUGAAGGGCAUGUGCUCGGAGAGUCAGUGGUGACUGCGUAUUUUUGAUUCUAAUGCCAUAUAUAUGAUAUACUGUAGUUGUUUAUUUUUUAUUUUUUGGGUCUUUUAUCGUCGCUAAUGCUUUGUACUCUUUAUCUUAUGAAAAAAUGCCUUGUGUACUCCUCGACUAUCUUUCACCAAUCAAUAGUUUUAUAGUUUCACGUAUGCUUCAUUCAGUUAUUGUAUUGGUUAGAUUUUUAUUUUGGGAGAGUAUGUUGUUAUCGUCCAUGGCUUGUAACACACGAUAUAUAGACAAUAUGUAGUAGUUAUUGAUUACUGAAGUAUUUCGCAUACCGAUAUUGAGUUUCUUUAAUGGUU